AUGCGCAGCGCUAAGGCCGUGCGGAGCGACCAGCCGUUCCGGGCGGGGAAACAGCAGCCCAUGCGUCGCUACAUGUCUGCAGGGUCUAGCCCUAUUGCGCUGACACCCAACUUCUCGAGUCUGUCGCCGCUGUAUCCGCUUCCAGGGUCUCCGCAUUCGGCGGGUUCGUCACCGUGUUCCACGAGCUUGGACGACGCUGUCGGUCGUCUCUUCACGCGGUAUUUGCCGACAUUCUUCGAUCUACUGGAGAAAUUUCAGUACCAAAAGGCACUGAUGAUCGUGGAGGACGAAGAGGAGACGCAAUGGAAGAGCUGGAAUGCUCUUAAAGUCAUGCUGAAGCUGGGCGCGUCGUGUGAGAGCACGUAUCACUUGAUGAAAUAUCUGGAGGCGGAGCUAGUGGAGACGGACACAAUCGAGCAAAUGUAUGGCAAGUUGGUCGUGCUGAUGAAUCACUUGGCAGACGAGCUGAAACCCAUUGUGGCGAGGCAGAGUCGACACUUUUCAGUGCACACGCCGACGCCCAGUGGCAAUGGGAAGGCGAAUGGAAUUCGAGAGGGAGAGAAAGAGUGUGAAAAUGACUCCAUGCUUAUGAUGGAGAUUGCAAUGUGUGGAGACAUGAGUUACUACGUUGAGUUGCUGGAGCAAGGAGCGGAGUUUUUCUCGCUUCGUGUUCCGAUGAUACAAUUCUAUCGUGGACUGGCACUUUCCUCUGUGCCUCGAGACUACCACAGUAUGCUGAAACGACUGGAGAAUUUGCUGCUUCGCUUUGACGCAUUCGACCACCCGUUGCUGGAGACGAUGAAGCAGUCAGCCAUUGAGGAGCUGAGUACGAUGCAUGCAGCCAUCCAGUGUGAAGUUCGCGUGGCAGAGUAUGACUUCACGCGCUCGAUCGUGGCACUGCAUCGGCUUAAGGUUCAACUGCGCUCUUGGAGUGACCAUAUCGAUAGUGUUUCAGACUAUCCGCUAUUUGAAGGCAAUGGUGUAGACUUCGGUGCUGGUGGUGAGGAAGAAGGACUGCUACUCGAUGAAUCGGAUGAUAACUAUGGCAUCACAUCGGACUCGAUGUACUCCAACACGAGUUACCAGUCCUCGUCAUCGCUUGCCCGUGGCCACAUGCUAAACUCGAGUCUAAGCGGGGAGUCACAUUAUGCCAGUGGUGGAGCUCCAGGUGUUCCUUCCUCGCUAGCCGAGUCGUUGGUAUCGUAUCGCGGUGGACGAUAUGUUAAUAUGGGUGAUACUUCCUAUGAUAUCGCAGACGAGAUGGCCUUGCUCGAGAGUCAUCAGUCCGGCGUAUCGUUGAACGGUUCUAGCCCAGCUUCCUCGGAGACUCACAGCACCUUCAAACGUCUAUUAUCACACAGCAGCCUCCUCCGACGAGGUGGAUUAGCGUCUGCAUUGCCUAUUCGACGUGGACUCGUUCAGAAACCAGGCGACCCGUACGUCAGCUCGGUAGGUGCGAACUCGUCUACGCCAACUAUCACGCUGGAGCAAGCCAUCUUGGGUGGAGCAACUG